CGCAGGCUUUGUUAGUUAACUGAGAAAAUUGUAGGCUUAAGUGAGCGUAUGUGAUUAUUUCUUCUAUGUCUGUUUUAUGCUUGUGAAUCUAAAUUGAUCUUAUGUGAAUUAUUUUGUAAAUACCCCUAUUUUGUAUAUAGUACUGUACAUGAUGAGUUCCGCCACAGCACAACGAGCAGGUAGAGCACCGAAAGAUAAAAACAAAACGCAGCCAUCCCACUCAACUACAAAAACUCCCUCUGAAACAUCAAAAGCAACUGAUGGAAUAGUUUCAAAAAUACAGCCAACGGCUGAACAGUUGAGAAUAGCACAGAUCAUCAAUGAUGCCAACAAAGGGGAUUACCCAGAUCUUAAAGAUAAAGUUGAAAGGAUAAUUGAAAUUACUGGAAAGACCUCUGAUGCAGCUCUUGUAGCACUUCAUGAUUGUGACAAUGAUUCAAACAGAGCAGCCAUAAUGCUUUUGGAGGGAAAUCAAGAUGAGGGAAAGUGGGAGACUUCAGGUAAAAAGAAGAAGAACCGUCAAGCACAACAGAAGGCACCUGAAGUUAAUGGUCAUGAACCUGCUCCAGUUGAGAAAGAAGAAAAAGAGCCAGUUGAAAAUACCAAUAAAAAACGAGAACCUAAACAGAGAGAAGGAGGAUAUCGAUAUCGUGGUCCACCUCGUAUGAACAGAGGAAACCAAGGAGGGCGAAAUUGGCGGAAUAAAGAAAACGAGAAAAAUGAGAGAAACAUGCAAGAUGGUCAGGGUCGUAGAGAGCGAAAUACUGAAGGACGAUCUCGGGGGCCAAGGAAGAACUUUUCUUCUGGUAGGGGAAGAGGUAGAGGAGGCCGAAGUAGAACGUUCCAGAAUCGGGGUCUUCAGAACAAUGAUGGAUUCCCAGAAUCCAUUGAUACGUGGCAAAACAGCACUGCUGAGAAAGUAAAUAUGUCAAAUACAGCAGAUGCUACCAUGACUGUUGGUAAUUGGUCAGAUGUUGCUGUUACUGAGGAAUGGAGUGAAGAAGACUGGACUGAAAAUUUGACAGAAACCAAAGUUUUCACACCUAGUGCUGGAACACAACAGUCGGCUGUUGCUGGUCUUGACAUGCCUGCAGCUUCUGCACUUGGGCAGAACAUUGAUUUGACCAGCUUUUUACAAAAGUCAUCAGCUAAUUCUGAGAAUACAUCCAACUCUCUGUCCGGGAAUAGUGUGACACAACCUGGACAGUCUUCUCUGAUGUCUCAGCAGAUACCUCAGAUGCAACAAAAUGUAGCUCCUCAGUCACAGUCCAACUUUGACUUCACACAGUUUGCUAAACAAGCAGCAGAUCAAAUUAAAGCGGCAGUUGGUGUUGUUACUCAGCCCACACCUUCAGCGCCCUCAGUGAAUGCAAAUUCUUUUCAGUCAAACAAUGCAUCCUACCAGUCUAGCUACAACAUGAAUAGUAACAGUAGCAAUCAACACCAUGUCCAAAUUCCCCAUGAGUUACAGCAAGUUAUUGUAUCCCAGUCCAGCUAUACAUCAGGAUCACAAUCUUCUGUACAUAUGUCAAGAGAAUUGCAUUCUCCUGUGGUAUCCCAGCAGUCUUCGAAUGCCACUACAGUUAAAACUACUACUACAUCUCAACAGCAUCAAGCUCCACUGCCACAAAGGGUGAAGCAGCCUCCUAAAGCAAGGCUGCCACCCCCAUCAAAGAUUCCUGAAUCAGCUGUUGUGAUGCCAGAUGAUGCUGUAACUUCACUGGAUGUGCAAUUUGGAGCUUUGCAGUUUGGAACUGAUUCUUCACCUUUUGACUUCACAGCUGGUGGAGAAAACAAUAACAGUUACCAAGAUAUUGGUCAAAAUUCAAAUGGCACCAGUCAUGUAAACAGUCAACCUUUACCUUCAAACAUUACCUCGCAAUCCUAUUCUAAUCCUUUGCCAUCUCCUGUGACUAUGAAUAAAGAUUCUACUUACAACAUUGGUUCCCACAAUACUCCAAGUCAAAAUUCUAUCUCGAAUGAUCUUAAUCAGUCACAGAAGGUUGCAAAUCAAGAUAGUAUGCUUUUGUCCCAGAGUGAGCACAAAAAUGUAGAAAAUGUUUCAUCAUAUAUAAAUCAUCGAACAAAUCAAUCAAGCAACCUUGAUGGGGCCAUGAUGAGUAGCAAAGCAGAUCAGAGUGCAUUGAACUCUUUUAGUACUUCCUCGCACGAUUCUGCUUCAGCUUAUUCAUAUGGUAAUCAGAAGUCCGUUCUGAACUCGUCCAAUCUUGUGCCAUCUAGUGUCAGCUACACCCAUACAUCGGCAUCCCUUAACAGUGGAUCCAGUGAUUUGUCUAAUAGUCAGACAUCUCAACCAAAGUAUCAAGCUCAAGUUGCAAAUCAAAGCCAGAACACUUCUUCAUAUGUUUCUUCUGCACCAUCAUAUGGUCUGCAGUCCUCUGCAUAUUCUGGCUCUGUUACUACAAGUGGAAGCACAUAUCCAUCUCAGACUGGUUACAGUUCACAUGCUUCUGCUUCAUAUGGAUCGAGUAAUACUGGGUAUAAUAAUCAACAAGGUGUUUACAGUGGCUCUGUCACAACCACUGCACAAUCGGGAUCAAUGAUUUCUACAACAGUGUCUAACUCCAAGUUGACCAAUUCUCUUAGUCAUGGUGUAAAAGAGUCAUCACUUUUAGAAUCCCAACACAGUUCAUCUCAGCAUACAUAUGAAGUAACAAGCACUACUAGUAGUUCAAGCGUCUUAUCUGCUAGCAGUCUGGCACCUACAUCUUCUGUUAAUCAUUCAGUACAAAAUUCUUCUAACAUGAACUCUGUAUUAGGCCUGGUUUCUACUUCAUCUUCAACAACUACAACCUCAGUGCUCAAAAAUUCUCUAUCAGCGACAGGUAAAGCUGUACCAAAUAUUCCACAGAAUAUACCUGCAAUGUUAGGUCAUCAGUACAUAAUGGGCCAAGCCAGUUUACCAUUUUAUGGACUUCAGCAGCCAGUAUACAGCUAUGAAGAUAUGCAAAUGCUUCAGUCUAAGAUGUCUACUUUGGGAUUACAGUCACCUGUAUAUAGUUACGAAGACAUGCAGAUGUUACAGUCGAAGUUGUCUACUUUGGGUUAUUAUGACAUGCAAUUCCAAGCUCCUACUAGUAUGACAGGCCGUGAUCCUGGAAUGGGUAGUGUGGCAUACACAACGGAUGGAAAAUACAGUAGAGCUGAAACUGAUGCUUCGACAGUAGCCACAACUCUGUCCCAAGGUCAGGCAAAUACUCAAGCCCACGGUCAAGCAUUUUUAAAUCCUGCCCUUCCUCCUGGUUAUGGUUAUUAUUUUGCUGGAGGCAUGAUGACUGGUGGAAUUCAUCAUUAUGCCCCUCCCAUUUUCCCUGUUCCUCCUGCAACAAAUACACAUGGAGCGACUACAAACACUCAAUUUCAAAAAGCCAAUGCCUAUGGUUCCCAUUCAUAUAAUUCAGGAUAUGAAAGUCUAACUCAGGCCCAAGACUACACAAAAGGUACUUACGGUGCUGCAUCCCAAAAUCAAGUUAAGGGUGUAUCAGGCUCAGGGGCUGUUCCUGAUCUAUCCGGCUCAGUAUACAGCAAGACACAUGCUCAGCUGGCAAAAUACAAUGACAAGCCAGGAUUCCACACCGGAACCCCUCCCCCUUUUAAUUUAGCUGGCAGCCAGGCAGCUGGACCUCUGGGUGCAUCCUCUGGUCCUUACGCCACCCAAUUCAUACCAGUCCUAGCCCACGGUCAACACCACUCUACUCUACUGCAUCAUCACAUGCAACAAGAUACCAGCCAGACUGGUGGAACACCGACUGCUGGACAGAGGGUACCACAGGGUCUGGGUCAACCGAAGAACAGCAGUAAACAAAAUUACGCCUACUGGACCAGUAAUUGAAGUUGGACUUGAUGCUAUACAGAGGACUACUCUGAUACACGUUAGAAAUUCAAGUGGUUUUUUGAUGUAGGCGGCACUUUUGAACGUAUGUGUAUCUCAUAAAGGUUUUUUUAGACUCCAUCUGAUGGCGGAACUCGUCGAGCUCUUUCCUUUUUCAUCAUUGCUUACUCUCUUUAUUUCGUUUUAUUUUUUGGCAUUUCCUGUAAAGUAGCAGAAAAGAUAUUGCCUAUGUAUUUUCUCUUAACUUUGCUGUUACAUCACACAGUCCUUAUCAGUAUCUUCUAUGGGAAGAAAAAUUGUUUUUAGAUUUUUUUCUGUAUUUAGUUUAUGGAGGAUUUUUCGCCCAAAGUUUUAAAUGAAAUGUUGGGCUGCGAAAAGACUACAGAAUUUUAGAUUUUUCUACAUUUGCCUUAUUUAUUUAAAAUAACAAAAAUCUUCUGGAUCUUGUAUAUGUAUUGUAAUAACUUAAAAGAAAACUUGUUCCAAGAGUAUGAUAUAGGUCUCGUGUGGCAGAUGCUUCACUGUUAGGUUUGGUGUGUUUUAUGGUCACUGGUUAUUGCUAUGUAUGUAAUAAAGCACAUAUUUCUUUUCUGUCAAUUUUUAACCCCCAUUUUUUUUUUCCACGUAUCCACAUAUAUAUAACAGAACUUAGAUAUUUUUGUGUGGCCGUUGUGCAUAGAAUCUGUAAAUUGUGUUGUUCCAAGUAUGAAACUAAAUAUAAAGAUUUGAAAAUGUGUUACACUUUUUAAAAACUUUAAAGAAACCAGCUAGAUCAUUUUGUGGUGUGCAAAUCUCUUGAUAUUUAAAAUGCCUGAUCUAUUGGUCUCUAUUUACGUCCUCUCCUGACGAGUUUUAUUUUAAAUAAAUAACUAUUAUAAAAAUGUUGUCUUGUAUAGCGGUGAAAACUCAUAUGCAGGCUACUUCUUUCAAAUUGUUGUGUUCUUAAAACCAUUCUCGUGUAUCAGUUAGUUGUAAAUGAAAUUUCUGGCAUGUAUGUUAUUAUAAAACCAAUAGUGUUUCACUGGUCGUGUACAGAAAAAAGAAAUAAAUUUUUUAUGCAUAGCAUGUUUUUCAAAAUUAAUUAAUGCUAGACAGUUUUUUUUUAAGAAAGAAAAAUUAAUCAUUCUAAUUUCUUUAAUCAUGUAAGGUUCUUCUUCCAAUAUUCUUGGAAUCUUGUAUGGAAAAAAAGCACCAGAUACUGUUUUACAAGUAUCUUAACUACACAUUUAUCUCAUGUUGUUCUGUGAUUUUUCAGUGGUUACUGUGUAUAUAUUCUGAAGAUGGUAUUUGCAAAACCCAAUUUAUAUAUAUGGGAGAAAUGCCUUUGUAUUAGUAUGAUUGUAAUUUCAGUACUUCCAUACUGAUUUGUGAUAAAUCAGUAUAGAGGAAAAACAAUUAAACUUGAUAUCUUGAAAAAUUGUCCUACCAAUUCUUACACUGGUGAGUUCUAUAAUUGAAAUAAUUCAUUUUACUUAUAUAAUUUUUUAUGGAUAACUUCAUAGCAAUUCCAUUGCUGUCAGGUUUAGUCAUUUUUAUGCUGUAAGAUGACAAAGCCUUAUUUUCACUUGAUCACUGCAUUUAAAAUUUUGUUAAGAACCAUUAAAAUAACUUGGCUAGGCCAUAACACCAACAGUGUAAAUUCACUCAUAUUAUCGUAAAUGCAUUUGCAUUCAUUCUUGUACAAAAGAAGUGCAAUAUAAAAAUAAAACUUUUCUUUUUUGUCAUGGCCAUUACAGUUAAGUGGAAAUAUGUCCCAUGUUCUGCAACCUUUUUAAUGUUGCCAAUCAUCAAUUUCUCAUAGUUUUCUCUAUUCACUUCUGCAGGAUCAGAGAGAAUCGUGGCAAUUUUUCUUAUGGCUGCUUAUGUUUCUGUGUGUAAUACUUACUGCAUCUAGGUGAUUUUAAUUUUAACUUUUAAGAUUUUAUUUGCGAUCUGUGUUGUUCUCAAAUGCAUGUAAUAAAAGCUGCGAUUUUGAGUUUCAGAA